AUGGAGAAGUCGCACCGAGCCUGCGGAGAACAUGGCACCGCCCUGAGGCCAGGGACAGUCCCGGGAAGGGCUCUGCGGCAGCUGAUGGCGAAGCUUGUUGACGCGCCAGACUCCAACCCCGUCCCGGGCUGCCGCUCUCUUGCAGGAGGACACCCGGGCUACGUCAGCCACGACAAGGAAACCUCCAUCAAGUACGUCAGCCACCAGCACCCAAACCACCCCCAGCUGUUCAGCAUCGUGCGCCAGGCCUGCGUCCGCAGCCUCAGCUGUGAGGUCUGCCCAGGACGUGAAGGCCCUAUUUUUUUCGGAGAUGAGCAGCAUGGUUUUGUGUUCAGCCACACCUUCUUUAUCAAAGACAGCCUGGCCCGAGGUUUCCAGCGCUGGUACAGCAUCAUCACCAUCAUGAUGGACCGGAUUUACCUCAUCAACUCCUGGCCUUUCUUGUUGGGAAAAAUCAGAGGCAUCAUUGAUGAGCUCCAGGGCAAAGCACUGAAGGUGUUUGAAGCAGAGCAGUUUGGGUGCCCGCAGCGUGCCCAGCGCAUGAACACGGCCUUCACCCCCUUCCUGCACCAGCGCAACGGCAACGCCGCGCGCUCCCUGACGUCCCUGACCAACGACGAGAACCUCUGGGCCUGCCUGCACACCUCCUUCGCCUGGCUGCUGAAGGCUUGUGGUAGCCGGCUUACGGAGAAGCUUCUGGAGGGAGCACCCACAGAAGACACCCUCGUUCAGAUGGAAAAACUUGCAGAUCUGAAAGAAGAGUCAGAAGGCUGGGACGGUUCUGAGGAAGAAGAGAAGCCUUCUUCUCAGCCAGAUGUUGUGGAAGGGCAGGAGCUGUCCAAAAGCUCCCCUGAAACCUCUCUGAUGCCAGACUGCAACAGCUGGAACGUAGCUCACAGAAGGUUGUCUGUCUUCCGCUCUCUCAGGCACAUGAGACAGGUUCUUGGGGCAUCAGCAUUCCGAAUGCUGGCUUGGCAUGUUCUGAUGGGGAACCAGGUCAUCUGGAAAGCUCAGGAUAUGGAUCUUGUCCAGUCUGCCUUUGAUGUCCUACGGACGAUGCUGCCCAUCGGCUGUGUGCGGAUCAUCCCCUACAGUGACCAGUACGAGGAGGCCUAUCGCUGCAACUUCCUGGGCCUGAGCCCACACGUCCAAAUCCCCCCCCACAUCCUGUCAUCUGAGUUUGCAGUCCUCGUGGAAGUCCGUGCUGCCACCCGCUCCAGCCUCUACCCAACCCUGUUUGAUGAUGAGCAGUCCCUCAACAAGUACGAGUUCCUUGUCACCAGUGGGAGCCCCGUUGCAGCAGAUCGAGUUGGCCCAACAAUCUUGAACAAGAUCGAAGCUGCCCUGACCAACCAGAACCUCUCAGUGGAUGUUGUGGAUCAGUGCCUUGUUUGCCUGAAGGAGGAGUGGAUGAAUAAAGUGAAAGUCCUCUUUAAGUUCACUAAAGUGGACAGCAGACCCAAGGAGGAUACCCAAAAACUGCUGAGCAUUCUGGGAGCUGCAGAAGAGGACAAUGUCAAACUUCUCAAGUUCUGGAUGACCGGCCUGAGCAAGACCUACAAGUCCCACCUGAUGUCAACAGUUCGCAGCCCGACGUCCUCGGAGUGCCGGAAUUGAAGGGUGCCCACCCUCCCUGCUGCCUUCAGAGAAGGGCAGGGACCCCUGGUUACCUCUGCUGAGCCUGCAGCUUGUGCUUUAGGUGGAUAGUGAGGCUUUAUCACUAUUCUCCUGGUCCUCAAACCAACUUGAAGAGUGACUUGAGUCUUUUCUACUUGCUGUGAGACUGGACUAAUAAGUGCUAAUCCACAGUGCUGCUGUCUCCCCAGGAACUCAGCUCUCAAUCUAGACGUGCACACUCAAGACUAAAACACAGCAACGCUCAAAGAAUCAGCUAAAUUAAUUAAAAUCCCAUCCUGUCCUCAUUAAAGCGUCGUGGUGUGGCAGCAGGCCUCACCUUUAUGUUCCUUGGCAGGCCUGUGACAACAUCCAGAACUCCUGGGAGUGCAUAUGGUUAAUCUCACUGAAAUCCCACAUAAAUCUCCUCAAUGCCUGAGAGAACAAGAACCAAAAAUAAGAGGCACGUCACAGGGUAUGGAUCACAUGUAAAUUAUUUCAAACCACUUCGUGCUCAGAUUUAAGAGACUAUUUUCUGCUGUAGCAUAAGUCAGGAUAUCCCAUGGGAGUCCUGUCACUCCUCUUUAUUUAUUUAUAAUCUUAACUUGAGACGAUUUUAGCAUUUGCUUUGGAAAUCUUGUCUGGGAGGGUGAAUUGUAAAAUAAGAAGUCUCAAAACGCAGCCUGCUUGCCUCUCAGAGGGGAAAAUACUCGCCUUGUUUUGCCUGUGGUUGCAGAACUUGCAGGUAAUGAAGAUAACCUCGCCAGGAUAAGGUUCUCUUCUGUCUUUUUUAGCUUCCUAAUAAAGCAGAAGAGAUUCAACCUGUAGGUGCUCCCUUUAUAUAACUCUAUAGUAGCCAUUUUUGCUUAAUAGUUCCUGAAAACAUUGGUGCAUUUUUUAAUUACCUAGCCAGAUAUUCCUUAGCUGUUCUGUAAGGAAUCUCUGUUUCUGUUGUGAAGUCUGGGAUUUAUGUCUUUCCUUUUUGUUUUUCUGGAUCAUUAUUGGGAACACUUGACGUUACCACAGAUAUUUUGAACAAGCUAAAGGCAGGUUUUACCCAGGUGACCUUCUACACUCACUCAAGCUCAGAGAGGAUGUUCCAGCUUGUCACAAGUUCUGUUCUUAUAUAUAAAAUACGGAGGUUGAUUUUUGUCUGGAACAUCUGUAAAAUGGAGACAGGCAUUAAAUCUCAUAAGAGCUAUUUUUGUAAAAUGAACAAA